GUCUCGCGCGCCCGCCGCGGGGGUUCGCUCGCGAGCAGACGGGCGUGGGGGGAGGGGCGCGCGAUCGCGGCGGCCUCGGGGGGUCCCGCGUGACCCCAGACCUCGGGUGUGAAGGGCGCCAGCCUGGCCGUGCGGUCAGGGCUCCCGGAUUCUGCGUCCAGGUCUCGUGGGCCCCUGAACGGGCCGAGUCGGUGUCCGGCCUCCGGCCCCGGCCGCCCAGCAUGAAGCUCCUGUGCGUCGUGGCCGCGCUCGGCUGUCUGCUGGCGCCCCCGGCCCGGGCCAACAAGAGCUCCGAGGACAUCCGGUGCAAGUGCAUCUGCCCGCCGUACCGCAACAUCAGCGGGCACAUCUACAAGCAGAACGUGUCCCAGAAGGACUGCAACUGCCUGCACGUGGUGGAGCCCAUGCCGGUGCCCGGGCACGACGUGGAGGCCUACUGCCUGCUGUGCGAGUGCCAGUACGAGGAGCGCAGCACCACCACCAUCAAGGUGAUCAUCGUCAUCUACCUGUCGGUGGUGGGCGCCCUGCUGCUCUACAUGGCCUUCCUGAUGCUGGUGGACCCGCUGAUCCGCAAGCCGGACGCCUACACCGAGCGGCUGCACAACGAGGAGGAGAGCGAGGACGCCCGCUCCGUGGCCGCCGCCGUGGCCUCCCUGGGGGGCGCCCGCGCCAACACGGUGCUGGAGCGCGUGGAGGGGGCGCAGCAGCGCUGGAAGCUGCAGGUGCAGGAGCAGAGGAAGACGGUGUUCGACCGGCACAAGAUGCUCAGCUAGGCGGGCGGGCGCCGCCGCCGGGGACCAGCCGGGGCCACGCCGCCCCCGCCCUGCGGCCCCUCCCUGGCCGUCCCUGUGACGGCACCUGGGGCGCCCUGGUCUCUGUGGCCACGUUCCCGGUGGUGUGAUCCGGGGAGCGAGGCGGGUCCCGGCCUCCAGCCCGUCCGCUCAGGUCUCCGGGGUCCGGGGGAGGGGACGGCGGGCUGAGGGGGGUGGGGAGGAGGGAGCGGUGUUUCGGGGGCCACGUUUCCAGCCCCCAAAGUCGGAAUGUCCUCGCCCUCCGGGAGGCGGAGCCAGGCCCCUGCCACUCCCGUGGGGACGGCCACCCCAUCAGCAUCAGCACGCGCCCCUUCCUCCCCCCCAACCCCGACACCUCGGCCGCAGGCCUGGCGGCCCCGGAGGGUCUGACGGGACAGCCUGUCACUGCCACGUGCUGCCUGCAGGCCCUCAGGAGGCCUGCCUCCCUCUCCCCCGCGCCCUCGCCCAGGAGCGGGCAGGGCUGUGCUCGGGGACGGCGGCCGGCCCCUCACCGGCCCCACUUCAGGACGAGGGGGCGG